AUGAUACUACAUGACGUUUACAUGACCCAAUUAGUGAAUACUGAGCCAGCAAUCGCUGCAGCCGCACGAGCCACGUUUUGCCAGAAGACAGUGACGAAAACAAAUCACAGAUUUUGUCAUAAUUUUCAGACAAUUACUUUCACCAUGAACGGUGUCAAGAAAGAAAAAAACGAUAGGAAAACGUUUAAAAUGUCGGCUUACCUUUUAGCGCUCCGUCCUUGGUCUUUUUCGGCUUCUUGUAUCCCAGUGGUUCUAGGAGCUGUGUUGUGUUGGAAAACGACGGGCCAUUUUAACCUUAUCUUGCUUGUGCUAUCAAUGAUCGCAGUUCUCGGCGUUCAUGCGGCCGGAAAUUUAGUCAACACUUAUUAUGAUUACAUGAAAGGAAUUGACAGCAAAGUAUCGGACGAUCGAACUCUGGUUGACCAUCUUUUAACGCCGAAAGAAGUUGUCAAGUUAGGCGUGGUGUCGUACGGAUUUGCUAGUCUUGCACUGGUAUUCUUGGUGGGAUUAUCGCCGGCAAAAAUGGAACAUUUAUCGUUCAUGUUCUUCGGAGGACUCUCUGGCUCCUUUCUAUACACAGGCGGUGUUGGAUUGAAAUAUUAUGGAGUUGGUGACAUUGUAAUUGUUAUAACUUUCGGCCCUCUUGCAGUAUUAUUUUCUUAUCUGAGUCAGUGCGGUAACGUGCCUUUGUUUCCGCUGUUUUACGCCAUUCCUGUGGCAUUGAGCACAGAAGCGAUUCUGCAUAGUAAUAAUACAAGAGAUAUGGAAGCAGAUGAAAGGGCAGGAGUAGUUACUUUAGCUAUCAUCCUUGGCCGUCAGCUGUCUUAUGCAUUGUACUGUUUAUUGCUUCUCACACCUUAUGUAAUAUGUACAGUACUCUCUGUUAACCUAUCCGUACGUUUCCUUAUUCCACUGAUAACACUGAAAAUGGCUUUUAAGUUGGAGAGAAACUUCAGGGAAGGAAAAUUGUUAACAUUACCCAAACAGACAGCAAAACUUAAUUUAUUUUUUGGUUUGUUGUACACUUUUAGCUGCGCAAUCACUCCAAGUUUACCAAAGUUGUGA